UCAGCCAACAAACGAUCUAUCACUUCUGCCGAUCCAUCCCUCCAGCGACUUCCACCUUCAGAGAGCAGCGCAGGGACAAAUUUCCCAUUCUGUUCGGCAUCCUACGGUUAUAGCAUUCAUCGCUGCUGGUCCGGUCCCCUCCAGGCAGCGUCCCUCCGGCGAGUCCACCGCAAACCCCGCAGUCGGACUCCACCACAUCGUCCGAUUGCGACAGGACGACGGUCCCCAUCCUGUCUAUCACCCUUGCUCGUUUUAAAUACUGACGCAGGCUUUCACCAAACCACCCCUGUCCGUCCAUACGAGCAUCAACCGUCACUCCCUUACUCCUUUUCUACCUCCUCUCUCCGCCCUAUUAUCUACUUCUCUGAUCAUUGCAAAAUGGCGUCACAACCGCAAGCAGGCCAGCGACCCAAGGUCCAGCCCUGCCGAUACAAGACCGGAAAGACCCUAGGAGCCGGCUCCUACUCGGUCGUCAAGGAAUGCGUGCACAUCGACACAGGCCGGUACUAUGCAGCGAAGGUGAUCAACAAGCGCCUGAUGGCAGGGCGUGAGCACAUGGUCCGGAAUGAGAUCGCGGUGCUGAAAAAGGUGUCUAUGGGUCACCAAAACAUCUUGACCCUGGUCGAUUACUUUGAAACAAUGAACAACUUGUAUCUGGUCACCGACCUUGCGCUUGGUGGUGAGCUUUUCGAUCGAAUUUGCCGUAAAGGCAGCUACUACGAAUCCGACGCUGCGGACCUCAUCCGUGCGAUUCUGUCUGCCGUGGCGUACUUGCACGACCAUGGAAUCGUGCAUCGGGAUUUGAAGCCGGAGAACCUUCUAUUCCGCACUCCAGAGGACAAUGCGGAUCUUCUGAUUGCGGACUUUGGUUUGUCCAGAAUCAUGGAUGAGGAGCAGUUCCACGUCCUUACCACGACGUGCGGCACGCCAGGAUACAUGGCCCCCGAGAUCUUUAAGAAGAGCGGUCACGGAAAACCAGUAGACAUCUGGGCCAUCGGUGUUAUCACCUACUUCUUGCUAUGCGGUUACACCCCCUUCGACCGCGAGUCUAACCUGGAAGAGAUGCAGGCCAUCCUUGCAGCAGACUACUCCUUUACCCCUAUUGAGUACUGGCGCGGCGUUUCCCCCGACGCACGGGACUUUAUCAAGCGGUGCCUAACCAUCGACCCUAACGCUCGCAUGACGGCCCACGAGGCCCUUCAACACGCCUGGGUCAACCCGCCCUACGACACUUCCGCCGACAAACUCGGCUCCGGCGCAGAUCUCCUCCCCACUGUCAAGAAGAACUUCAACGCUCGUCGCACCCUCCACAAGGCCAUCGACACUGUGCGCGCCAUCAACAAGCUUCGCGAAGGUGGCGGCCUGAUGAUGGACGGGAUGAUGAGCGUCGACCCGAAGCCGGAACGAGUCAACGGCAACGACGUCAUCGAAGAACGUCGCGACCACGACGGACACAUGGAGAUCGACGGCCGUUCCAACGCCCGUGGUCAGACGGAAGAGCAGAUUCGCGCUCAAGAGCGGAAAGUCCAGGAAAUGGUCGCUGGGUUGUGGAGUCGGACCGUGAGGAAAUAAGAUCAUUAUCAAUGCCACUAUCUGUUUCUUUCAGUGGACUUGAUACCUUCUUCUCCUUCCCUCGGCUGUCACUCGCUUCUUAGUCUAUAUUUUCUCUCGCUUCCCUCACUUACCCUUGAUGGGGAUGACAUUCUGGUUCUCUUGGAAAAAUUUCGGUCUUGGUUCGUUACAGCAUUCUUCCGUCAUAUUAUACUCUACUUUACUUAGUUACUUAACAUGGGAAUCGAUAUUGGGUCCAAUUCUAUCAUAAAAAUCAGUGUUCUACAGAUUAUGUUCAGUAUGUAUUAUUUUGGGAGGUAAGAUGAAUUCCAGAGGUGGUAUG